AUGUCAAAAAGAACGAAUGAAGGGCACCACGAGGUCGGCCACGAUACGGGCGAAGGGGAGCAGAAGCGCCGUAAAAUCAAUUUUGAGCCGGUCCGCAUGCAAGCCGUCAGCAAUGUGGUAAAGAACGCGGCGAUUUUUGUGCGGCCAAACUCAAUUUUUCGUUGAUUCUACAGAGCGAUAUACGAGGGCGAGCGCUUGUCGUGCAGGCGACUAAGCUCAAACAGCAGUUGAUGUACAAAAACAAGGUGAUCGACGAGUUGGAGCGUGAGGCGUCGAAGACACGCGACAAAUUGAUGGCCGCGCAGGCGAAGAGCGUCAAAGCGUACAGUUUGUUCGCCGAGGUACGCCGAAAACCUCAAAAAUCCAGCAAUUUGACAAUUUUCAGGCGCACAAGUACAUCAACUGCCAAGCGCGGCUCGAAUUCGGCGAUUCCGUCCCCGCCACCUCCGUGCCGCCCUCUUUUGUCGCUUUGGACAUGCAUCCGGACAAUUACGACAAAUUUAUAGAGGAAAUGAAGACAAAUUUGUAAGAAGACGCGUCGAACCGAUAAACAUUUGCAGAAAUCCGCCGAUUGCCAGCUUUUUUGCAAAUUUAUCAUAGAAAAUCGGCAUAUUUCUAUGAAAAAUGUGUUUUAGCGGGUUCACUGGUUGAAAAUGAGCGUAAUUUUCACUAAAAUUGGGAAAUUUCCGGGAACCGGCGCUCAAAACAUUUUUUUUUGCAUAAUUUUUUGAAUCUUACCGAAAAUCUGCUGAAAUCCAUGUCAAAACCGAUGAAUUUAACAUGCGGAGCAAAAUUUACCGAAGAAACGGUAUACGCGCUGAUUUGUAGACAUUUUCCGUGAAAUUUUGAACCUAUCUCUAAAUUUCAACUCAAAACCCUUAAGAAAUAGCGAAAAUUUCAGACGCCACGCGUUCGGAUCGUUCUCGGCCGCACGAAAAGACCGGGCGCACGAGAUGAGCGUAUUCAUGGACAAAAUGGGUCAUCUGGUCUUGGAGACGGAAAAAUCGACGGAGUACAACAAGGAGCUCAGCGUGAAAGCCAACCAGAUUGCGCUGGAAAACGAGCGAUUGCACGGUGACGUGACGCAGGCGCAGGCCGACUACUACAAUGCGGACCGCAAAAAGCGACAGAACACGGAGAUGUUACAGCUGAAAGUGGAACAACUGGAGCAGCAGCUCGCGGACGCCAAGUGGCUGGCCGACAAACAGAUGCAGUUGGCGAACAAGCACGAGUUUCGGCUAGCGAACAUCGCCUACGAACACCAACAGACUCUGCUCAACCUCCAGGCUUCGGGAGCGUCGAUGGCGUCGAUCGCUCCCGGACCGAUUACUCAGCAGAGAGACGCCACGUCUCCGGGCACGCCGCCCAGCGAAUCCGCUGCCAAAGAGGUCGGUUCUGGCUCAAGGAGAAGAAAAUUGCGAGAAAAUUGAAUCUUAGUUGGGAUUUCUCAACUUUUGCACCAGUAAUUGGAAUCAUGAUAAUCGUUCAAAGUUUAGAGCAGAUUGAAUGCCAACUACUGGGCCAAAACUCAAAAAAUCCCGACUAAGGUCCGAUUUUCAAAAUUUUAGUAAUGCUUUUUCAAAUCUUGGCUUGUCAACCGGAUAAUAGCAGAGAAAGCUUUGAAAUUCAGCUAGAAUAGGCUGUUUUGUUAAGAAAAAACACGAAACUGUCUUUUUCCAACGCUUUUGUGCGUCAUCACCGUGAGAAUACACAAGACAAGCAGAGAAAUACACGAUUUCCAAACUUUCCGAAUGUGUACGAAUAAUAAAGUACCGAGUAGUGACAUUUUUCCAUAAAGGGGGGAUUUUUGUGAAAGUCACAGGAAAAUAGCUUAAAAUCGAGCUUUCAGUGAUGUUUUUGUGCUAACCUGAGAAAACAAGAAUUGCAAGGCCAUUGGGCGCAAAAUGCAGCUUCCCGACGUUUCGCAACUCGACGUUUCGUAACCGCGACGCCACGAUACUCACGUGAACUUUCACAAUGCAAUUUAUCGCUGGGUGGUUUAUGUCAGUUGCGAAAUGUCGGAUUGAGAAACGUCUGGAAGCCCAAAAUUCAUCAGAGAUUCAUUAAAAACGAUUUGCAGCUGGACGCUCUCCGCCAAGAACGGGACGACGCGCAGGAACUGGCGUCGCGCCGUCUCGCCGAAAUCGAGGAAAUGUCGCGUCAGAUGCAAGAGCUGAAACACGAGAACGGACGGCUAAAGUUCGAAGCGAUGCACCUGAUCUCGCCGGACGAGAUUCCGAAUUCGGAAGAGUACAAAACGCUGAAACGAUACUAUUCGUUGUCGAUAAAAGAGUACGAGCGGGUGUGCAAAGAGCUCGACGAGAUGGCGGUCGAGCGAGACAAACUGCGCAACGUGAGCGAUCAGCGCUUCUACCAGAUGAGCGAGGAGCAGAUGAGGACGACGAAGGAAAUAGAGGCGCAGGCGAAGAUCCACAACGAGUUCUACCACAUUGCGCACGAUUGCGAAGUGCUGCGCGCCGAGCACGACGCCGUCGCGAUGGAGUACAACAAGACAGUAAAGCAGUGCGAAUGGAACGAGAUGAAGGCGACGCUGAUGACGAUGCGCGCGCUGAACGCGAUGCACAAACUCGACGCGGGCCGCAGCAAGGAGAAGCAUCGGCACGCGCGGCAGGAGAUCGCACAGCUCAAGGAUGAAAUCCGCGCGCUCAAGGAACGACAGGAAAAGUGUGUGAUGGUGCCGCUCGUGGAGACGUCAAGGGACUUUGACGGCGAUUUCAACAAGCUCCGAGCCGAAUACGAGGCUUUGAAGAAGGAGAUUCGACGAUUGGGCAGUCUGGAGAAGCGGGACCGGCAGCAGCAGUGGGAGGUAAGUACGGACAGGAGGGGAGGGUGCGGCGACUGAUUCUUCUGCGGAAAAAUUGAAUAUCUGCUCAAUUUUUAAAAAUAUUAUAAAACUAAGCUGUAACUUCCCCAAGAAGUCUAACAUUUACCUGUUACCUUGCUCAUUUUGAAGAACACAGUAAAAUUGAACUUUUAUCAAAGAAGCAGAGGCAAAUCCGUGUUCUUAUUUUGAAAACCCUACGGUCGACCCCUUCCCUCCCAAAAACCGCGAAAAGCAACGGUCAUACUCAUCACAAAUGGAGGAGGUUCAGAAAGAAAUUGCGACUCGAAUGAAGGAAAUUCAAGUAGAGAACGAGACGCUGCGCCGGGCGAACGAGAUUCUGACGAACGACGAGCAGAUCAUCUCGGACGAGCUGGAGCAGGCGGGCACCGCCGUCGAAGAGGAACUGGAGCGGAACAGCCAGCUGGUGAUCGAGAAGAGAGAGCAGGAGGACCGCAAUCUGAAAUUAAUGAACGACCGGAUCGUGCAGAAUCAGGUGCAGCAGAAGUUGAAGGAGAAGCUCGAGUGCUACGAGAGCAAGGCCAGCAUGGACGCGCAGAUUUCCAAGAUGCUCGAGUUCGAGAAGAAGGGAUUGCAGGAGGCGAUAUCCAAAUGUUCGGAGACCAUGCAGUUCAAGUCCGCCGAGUGCACGUACGUUUUUGAUCCAGAAUUGGCCAUUUGAAGCUCUCUACGUUUUUCUGGGUUUUCUAAAAAAAAAACAUGGAAAGCUUCAAGCUCUAGACACGAAUUUAAACUUUAUAGAGGCGAGCAGUCAAAAGUGAUUGUCUUGCUGCGUCAGUCGAAAAAGCAAAUUUUGGCUUCGAAGCUGUUUUUCAGUGUAGAAUUAAUUUCGGGGUGCAAUAUUGACUCUUGCAGGCGAGCGAUGGCGUACGCGGAGCAAAAUCGAAAGUUGGCGACGGAUUUGGGAUCCAUCAAAGAGGAAUAUAUCAUCAAAUGCGAUCGCCUGGAAAUUCAGGCGCGACAGACGCAGGAGGCGUACGUGACGAAACUGCGAGAAGCGGAGGAGAAUCGGCUGAAGCGACAGCGCGUCGAGGAAGAACUCGAGACGCUGCGCCAGAAGUACGAACGGGCGAAACGGAGCGAGUCGACGGGCGGCGGACCUAUCGGAGCGGGCGGAGGGGAUCAGGUGCUCGAGGAGGCGAACCGGCAGAUGAAGGAGACGCUCACAUGUCCGUCGUGCAAGACCCGACCCAAGGACUGCAUCAUGCUCAAGUGCUACCAUUUGUUUUGCGAACCCUGCAUCAAGACCAUGUACGUGUUUUUUUCUUCAAUUCGACAAAAUUUGAGUUUUAAAAUUGCAGGUACGACACUCGUCAACGAAAGUGUCCGAAAUGCGCGAGCAACUUCGGAGCCAACGAUUUCCACCGUGUCUUCAUCUGA